CGGCAAUAUAAAAGAGAAAGAAAGAGAGAGAGAGAGACACACACACACACACACACACACACAGACACAGACACACACACACAACAGCUGGGAGAUCGUCACAGGACAUCGCCGCAAGACCUGAAGCAUAAAAGGAUGUGAGUGUUACUGGGAAGGCCAAACCUCAUCCCACAUUGCCCUCCGACUGUGGCUGUCCAGACUAUUUACAAGAGGAGUUACAAGCCAACCACGUUCCUGUGGAUCUGCUUCACAUAUAGGUCGGACUAGAUUUCUGGACAACAUGACUGAUGGUUUCCACUCCACAAGCUCCGCUUCCGUUUGAUGAGGCUUCCAGCCUCAUCCUGCUGACGGCUCUGGCCUGAUCCUCGCUGCGAUGUGGAGCUGCAUUCAGGGGAACCUUGGACCUAAUGGCACGCUGUGUGGAGACGACCUCUGCCAGAACGUUGGCCUGCUCCUGUCCGUGGCCUCGACGGCCUACCUUCUGGUCUGCUUCCCCCUGGGCCUCACCUUCAACGUCCUCGUCCUCGUCGUCAACCUUCGCCACAAACUGUCCAUCAACAUGCCGGACGUCUACUUCACCAACAUGGCACUGGCUGGCUUGAUACUUAACCUGGUGGCCUUCCUGCAACUCCUCAGCCCCGACCACCUGCUGUGGCCGGUGUGGGCUUUCGGCCGAGAGGUCUGCAUGGGCUCCUUCAUCCUCUUCAACAUGGCGGCUCUGGUGAGCAUCUACUCGGCCACGUUGCUGAGCCUGGACUGCUUCAUCGAGCAAGCCUUGCCCCACACCUACAUGUCCAGCGUCUACAAUACCAAGCACGUCUGCACCUUCGUCUGGGGGGGAGCGGCGCUGGCUAGCUUCUCCUCCCUCCUCUUCUACAUCUGCAACAAAAUCUCUGACCAGACCCAUGACUGCUCGCAGCUGCAGACCAAGGAGCUGGGGGACGCCAUCAUGUUCUUCACCGGCUUCCUGGUCCCCGCCGUGGGCGUGGGCUGCGCGCUUGGCCUCAUCCUGCGGAAACGCCGGCCGCUGUGGCUGACGGGGCCCCACCGGCCGGAGCCCCCGGCCCAGAGGCUGCUGCUGGCCACGGUCCUGGUGCAGUUCGCCCUCUGGCUGCCCUACAACCUGGCGCUGCUGGUGAGCACCGCCCACUUCGUCACGCGGGCCGAGGGCGGGGGCCGCUUCGUCAACCGGCUUCACUUCCUGCGGGGCGCCUGCGAACUGCUGGCCUACCUGAGCACGUGUGCCAUGCCCAUCUUGUACAAGUACCUGCAGAAGACCUUUGAUACCAGGCUCAGGCUGGUUAUCCAGGACGUGCGGUGCGGGAUAAAGGGAAGAGCUGGCACUCGGGGCGAUGGGCACCAGCAAUGCAUCGUAACUGUCUCGGGGGCUGAAAUCUCACGCCAAUGAGCUUGCGUACGUCCCCAAUCCAAUGGGGUAGUAGGGUACCUGUCCUGACACCACCUUCCCAGGAUAUUUCUGCCCGUGCUUCAUCCACGUCCACACACCUAGGAAAACCCACCUUUACUGUGCAAGACAUCGCACCUCAAGAUGAAUGAACCCCCUCCACCGUUCCGUUACGACUGUAUUCCCUGACGUUUAGAAGAGUGAGGGGGGACCUUAUUCAGAUCUAUAAGGGGGCUGGUAAUUUCACUAGUGUCACAAACAAGACAUAGUUACAAGACGCUAUCCGUGUUACGUAUGCGCAGAGCAAGAACGACGUUGGAGCCGUAUUAGUAAAUGUUUUUAACUGAAUCGCGUUAGUAACCACACACACACACACACACACACAGACAUACGCCGAGCGCAGGAGUGGCAAGCCGGGCCCCCACCGAGGCGAUACACACACGCGCUUGAAAGCCCGCGCGGCCAAAGAGCGCGAGCCGUCCGCGCGUCAGAAGCCCAAUCAGAAGUUCUAUCAAACGCAUGCGCACUUGAAAGCCCACGCGGUCAAAGAGCGCGAGCCCAAUCGAUUCACCGCGCUACCAAAUGGCCGCCUGCCCACUUGUCGCGUUCUCACAAUCGAGCCGAUACCCGGCACAGUUCUUUUAUAUGCGCGUUGUGCAGAGAUUUUUCUCUCAAGUGGGUACUGAAUGUCUCUGCCUCAGAGGGUGGGGGAUUCCAGAAUAUUGGAUUUAUUUAAAAUAGAACAGUACCACACAGUGCAGGCCUUUCGGCCUACAAUGCUGUGCUGCCCUUUUAACCUUUUAUCCAUCUAACCCUUCCGUCCUACACAGCCCAUAAUCCCCCAUUUUUCUUUCAUCCAUGAUGUCCCUAAUGUAUCAGCCUCCACAUUUCAGGUGGAGAGGGAUAAACACCUGAAAGGACAGGUGAACUCUCACAAUCAGAGAGCUCAGACAGCACAGAUCAGCCAGUCAGGGGCAGGUUGGGAGGGCCUGGUGUCCACCUCCAUUUUCGAGAUUCAAGAUUGUUUCAUGUCAUUUCCAGUACACAAGUGUAAAUGAGAAUAAGAUCAUUGUUACUCCGGA